AUGUUCCCCACCGACGUUUACCGCGACGAUCUCACCUCCGACACGUCUGUUUUGGUGGUGCACACGGGGAGGGAGAAAUGGUUCGAGAGCAGAAAGUACCAGCACGCGGUGCGCACACGGCCGGAGAUCCGGCUGGUAUCGUACGAGACCGUGCUGGAGGCGUACCAGGUGUGGCUCAAGGGCGAGGAAAUCGGGUCUCGCCCAGAUAAAUUGGGACUGUUGCCUGUUUUUGAUAAUAUUAGCGUGUCUGUGAGUCGAUUGAGUGAGGAAUUGGGCACGAAAGUGAAACUAAUGGUGGAAUCCAACGGAGGAACCGUGAUGGAGUCGAUAAGCACCGUGUCAGACGUCCUGGUGACCGCCACGCCGGACGGUCUGCGAUACACCAAGGCUCGCGAAUGGGGCGUCCCCGUGGUGUCUCCCGACUGGGUUUACGACUGUGUGGACCGCGGAGCGUUGCUUUCGGUCACAGAGUACUAUCUGAUGGGCGAGAACAGCAAGGGCCGCCGCGAAUUGGCGUGCGAUUGGGAAAAAGUCGAGGAGGUAAAAAAGCUGGAAGCUCAGAAAGCACAGACAGAAAAGGCCAAGCGCGGAGCCGAUGUGCCGGAAAAGGAGAAAGAUCUCAAGGUGCGCAAGAUUGAUAAGGAAAACAAGGUUUGGAAGUCCAUCAUGAGCAAUAUAAGGGUGUCUAACUUGCACAGAAGCCAGGACGAUAAUUGGACGCUGGACCAGGAGGAGGAGGAAGAAGAGGCGUUUUCGCAAGUUUCGUUGCUUGUAGGAAGCCAAGAGGGGACAGAAAGCACGCUGUUUGAAGGGGUUCUGUUUCGGAUUGGGGACGGGUUUUCCAGUGUUCAGAAAAGUAUCCUCGAAAAAGUAAUCAAGAGUCACCGGGGAAUUAUCGAUGAAAAUGCCAAUUACACGAUAGUGAACUCGAGUUUGGACGCUAAACCUGCCAUUGACGGCGAAUUGGUCACAGAGAUGGGCAUUGAGCGUUGCAUUUUCUACAAAACCGUGGACUUUAGUUCGCCGUGGUCGAAGCCGUUUUGUGCGUCGCUGGCCAAGAAAGACCGUUUUUUCAAAGAUAUACCCACACCUGUCAUUUGCAUUACCGGGUUCAAAGGUGUUGAGCUGUCACAUUUGGAGAAACUGCUUGCCAAACUGCCUGGUUGCAAACUAAGCGCAGUGUUUUCCAAGAACACCUCGCUCCUGAUCUACAACGACGAGCUGCCGAAGCCGGAGCUGUUGGCCAACAAGAAGCUUGCGCUCGCGGCAAAAUGGCGCCUCAGAUGCAUCCCAAUGAGCUCGUUCUGGCACACGUUCGCAUAG